UUUUCCGCGCCAGGCUUCCGCGUGGCAGACAGAGUGCAGAGCUCGUUCCACUCAGUGUAGACCUCCCAGACGACCCACUUCUCUUCCAAGAUGCCCGCCCCGACGUGCUUCUCCUGUCACAAGUCCCGUGCUGCCCUCCGUCGCCCACGCUCUGGGCAGGCGCUGUGCGGCUCCUGCUUCUGUGCUGCCUUUGAGGCCGAGGUGCUACAUACAGUGCUUGCCGGGCACCUGCUGCCGCCGGGCGCUGUAGUGGCCGUGGGUGCCUCUGGUGGCAAGGACUCCACAGUGCUGGCACACGUGCUGCGCGAGCUUGCGCCCCGCCUGGGCAUCACCCUGCACCUGGUGGCCGUGGAUGAGGGCAUUGGCGGCUACCGGGACGCGGCGCUGGAGGCGGUGCGCAGUCAGGCGGCGCGCUGGGAGCUGCCGCUUACCAUCGUGGCCUACGAAGAUCUCUUCGGGGGCUGGACGAUGGACGCCGUGGCCCGCAGCACCGCAGGCUCUGGCCGCAGUCGCUCCUGCUGCACCUUCUGCGGGGUGCUGCGGAGGCGCGCCCUGGAGGAGGGUGCACGCCUUGUGGGAGCUACACAUAUUGUGACAGGCCACAACGCUGACGACAUGGCUGAGACGGUGCUCAUGAACUUUCUGCGUGGUGACGCUGCGAGGUUGGCGAGGGGUGGGGUGCUGGGCUCCACGGGCGAGGGGUGCGCCCUUCCCCGGUGCCGGCCUCUGCAGUUUGCCUCGCAGAAGGAGGUGGUGCUGUAUGCUCACUUCCGCCAUCUCCGCUACUUCUCGGAGGAGUGCGUGUAUGCCCCCGAGGCCUUCCGCGGCCACGCUCGGGACCUGCUUAAGCUCCUGGAGGCGGCCAGACCAUCAGCCGUGCUGGACCUCGUGCACUCGGCAGAGCGCCUAGCUCUGGCUCCGGCAGCCAGGCCCCCUCCUCCAGGCACCUGCUCCCGCUGCGGAGCCCUGGCCAGCCACAAGCUCUGCCAGGCCUGUGCGCUCCUGGAUGGCCUCAACCGAGGCCUGCCGCGCCUGGCCAUCGGCAAGGGCCGCCGUGUGCUGCAAGUUGAGCCGCCACAACCUGGGAACCCGAGCCUAGUCACCAGUGACUCUGUGGCCCCACCAGGACCCUGCACCUGCAAGCAGCCGAAAGAUAAAGCCAACCCAUGCAGGAAUGGAGGGGACCGGGCAGGAGCCACCUGUGUAUCGCAGUGUGACCUGAGCCCUGGAAAUGGAGGGGACCAGGCAGGAGCCACCCGUGUAUCGCAAUGUGACCUGAGCCCUGGGAAUGGAGGGGACCGGGCAGGAGCCACCUGUGUAUCGCAGUGUGACCUGAGCCCCGUGAUGGAGUGACCUGCACUCUACAUUGCCCUGUGCUCGGGGAAGUGAUUGUACCCCAGUGCCCUGCAACUGUGGAGUAAUCUAUACACUGUGAAGUGAUUUCCCUUCAGUGCAUUGCACCCUGGGAAUGACCUGAUUCCCUGUGGAGUGGCUGUACCCUGCAGAGUCACUUGACUCCUGCAGAUUAUUUAAAGUGUCCAGUGCCCUGCAACCUGAGCCCUGUGUCCUUCCUGUACCCCACGGAAGGAUGGGCCCUGUAGAGCAACCAGAACCUUGAAGAGGGCGCUCUAGGCAGGGCUAUCAGGUCUAAGAGAGAAGGAACCAACAGCCAUGCAGUCCUGCACACCUCUGUGGGCUCAGGUAGCCCUGGCCCUCUGUUUUCCCAAGUCAGGUAAACAAAGUCACAUGCAUACUAGGAAUAUUCACAAUCAUCAUUAUACCCAUCUCAUCCAGGCACAGCUCUCGAACCUACGGGAAUCCAAGAAAGUUUGUUCUGAACCAGUUGGGACCUUCCAUGGCCCGGUAUGUAAUUGAGUUUGCCCCAGAAACACUGCUGUGGGAGCAGUUACACAAACAUUACAGCCUUAGGACAAUUGAAAGUCAUUAAUCAAGACAUUGGUCAAAUAUGUCAGUGUGGCAGGUAGACAGGUUAUAACGAAGCUGAAAUCCCUUCUGUCGGUCUCAGGCACUAUCUGGUGACUUUCUUAGCUUGUGGGUCUUUGGAAACCAGUGCUGGUCUGCUGAGCUGAUACAUUCCGAACCAAAUUUGUAGUUUUCACAUGGUUGUUGGGUUAGUGUCCUGGCUGGCCAUUUUUUGGUUUUGUUUUGUCAUCUUUACACAGGCUGGGAUCAUCUGAGAAAAUGCUUCCAUAAGAUUGGCCUACAGGCAAGCCUGUGGGGCAUUUUCUGAUUGAUGAUUGAUGAGGAAGGGCUCAGCCCACUGUGGGCGGUCCAGUCCCUAGGCAGGUGAUCCUGGAUACUAUAAGAAAGCAGGCUGAGUAAGCCAGUCAGUAGUGGUGUUCCCUUAUGGCCUCUGCCUCAGUUUCUGCUCUGACUUCCCUCAGUAAUGGAGUGUAACCUGAAAUGUGAGUUGAAAUAAAACCUUUUCUC